AUGAGCCUCAUCCACGACCCCAGAGCCACUUUCGUUUUCGAGCGUCUGGUUACAGAGUUACAAGAGGCGAAACAUCUUCUGGAGACCAGCACUAAGGCAUCUGUACUCGGCAUUAUGUUCCGCUUCAAGCGCCGAUCGGAAAUUGCGGAGCGGCUGGAGACAUGUUUAGCGGAGAUCCGCCAGUGCCACACGGAAUGCCUCAUUCUGAUUGGCCAGGACAAUUUCCACGGUCGAAACACCUACCCGCCGCGCAGCGCUACCGGCGUCCCUCCCGCAACAGGCGGCGCCAACAGCGGCCGCGGAGGUAUCGGCGGAGGUACAGGCGGAAGCAUCAGCGGAGACGCACCGGAGCGACUAGGCUCGGAUUAUGGUUCCGCGGGUGGAGGUUUGCAACGGGGUUUUUCAACUGAGGUGAUUCUCCCUUCCAGCCCCAUGGUAGACCGCUCCCCCCGCGCUUGGAACAGAGGCAGGCAAUCCGGUGCGCAUAGUCCCCGGCCCCGCGCGCUUCCGCGGUCAGGAAGCGACGGCUUGCCAGAGCAGGUGUCCCGCGGCGCGCACGGGAUUCACGGGGUUUAUGGCGGUCACGGGGAUCGCCAUUCUUCGCAGCAGCAGCGGCAGCAGCGGCAUUUGGUGCCGGAGUUGAAUCGGCCCGGCACGGCCGGCGAGGCGAUGCCGAUGCCCCGCUCGUUCUCCUCCACGGACGCUGCUGAAGUGGCAGCGGCGCGCGGCACUCCCGGGGAGUUCUCGAUGGACAUCCCGAACGUGCGACGCGCGAAUGCAGCCAGGCAAGCGGGUGGCUCGGAGGAGAUGUACGAAGACGCUAACGGAGAGAUGACGGUUUCUGAUUACACGUCAUCCCACGUCUGGCAUGCGUCAGAGUACCCCCGCGCUCCCCCCAGCGUUAGCAGCAUUUGUUCGGAAUCCGACCACGCGCGCGUGUUCGUCUCCGCGCUCAUGGACGGUUCCCCCGCGGAGAAGCGCGCGGCACUGGCGGCGCUGCUAGAACUGGCGGAAUCGGAUGAGGGGAAGCUUAGCGUGGCCGCAGCGGGCGCGGUUCCGGUGCUGUCCGUCCUCCUCACUCUCCCCGACAGUCCCGGGGAGCCCACGAAACUAGCCGCCGCGCGAGUGCUGCUGCGCCUCGCGUGCUUAGACGAGAAUCGAGUGGUGAUCGCUAAAGCUGGGUGCGUGCCGUCGUUUGUGUCGCUGCUGCGCACCGGGGGUGCAGAGGCGAGAGCGGUCGCGGCGCGGGUGCUGUGGAACUUAGCGGUGAACACGGAGAAUAAGGUCAUAAUCGCCGCGUCAGAGGCUGUCCCGUCGUUAGUCGCAAUUAUCCAAUCGGAUUCUGAGAGUGAAGCGAAGCAGGAGGCUGCAGAGGCUCUAGCGCAGCUCACGGCCAACAAUGUUAGGAAUCAGACGGCUGUAGCGGAAGCAGGGGGUGUCCCAGCUCUCGUGACUAUGCUGAAAGAAGGCUCGCCUCCCGAGCAGGAGAAAGCGGCGCUCGCUUUAGGCACACUCGCUGUGAAUCACGACGAGAACAAGCUGACUGUAGCGGGAGCAGGCGCGUGUCCCCUCCUCCUAGACCUGCUGUGUCAGAACGAUAAUCCCGAGGCGUCAAAGAAUGCCGCGUGGGCCCUCUACGUCCUGUCCUCUAACAAGGUAUCCGCGACUUACAUCCUCGCUAGUGGCGGACUCGUUGCAGUGAAAAGAGUGCAAGACGAAGGCCCGCCGGAGUCCCUGUACUGGGCUUCGCAUAUCUUGUCUCUUUUGGACCCGUCCUCUGGGCCUCCUGAGAAGCACCCAGCGCAUCGGCUGUCAGGGUUUGGGCCAGCGAAGGGGGGCAGAGAUGAUGAGGAGACUGCGACGCAUCAGCUGUCGGGGUUUGGGCUGGCGAAAGGGGGCAGGGAGGAGGAGGAGAUCAUGAUGAGUCAGCGGACGGAGGAGCGGCGGGCAACAAGGGAGAAAAUCGUGAAGGGGUGGUAG